AACACCCACAGGGUAAAAUCGUAGCACAGCUAUAUAAAGAAAUCGAACAUACUGCAGCUAUGUAUAGUGCGUGUUUUUUUUAGGUUAGACAUCUGUCUGCCAGUUGCCUACCAGAAAAGGUGAAAAUCGUGGAAGUUGGUCCAAGGGAUGGGCUGCAGAAUGAAAAGACUCCAGUGCCUACCGAGGUCAAAGUGCAACUGAUCAACAAGCUCUCGGAGACUGGGUUGCCCGUCAUUGAAACAACUUCAUUUGUCUCUCCCAAAUGGGUACCCCAGAUGGCAGAUCACGUGACGGUGAUGAGGAGAAUAAACCGAGUCCCCGGUGUAAUCUACCCUGUCCUCACUCCUAAUCUCCUGGGGUUUCAAUCUGCGGUGGAGGCUGGAGCCACUGAAGUAUCGAUAUUUGGAGCUGCUUCAGAAACCUUUUCAAAGAAAAAUAUCAACUGUACGAUUGAUGAAAGUGUGGAGAGGUUUCGAGAAGUGUGCGAGGCAGCGGCCGAAAGAAAAAUCCCCGUUAGAGCCUACGUAUCGUGUGUCCUUGGGUGUCCGUACGAAGGAGCUGUUUCUCCUAAAGCAGUAGCUGAGGUGGCAGUGAAACUGAAGGAGUUGGGGGCAUAUGAGAUAUCUCUAGGGGACACCAUUGGUGUGGGAACACCUGGUUCUAUGCUUGCCAUGUUGGAGGAGGUCAAGACACGUCUUCCAGUCUCCUGCCUAGCAGUCCACUGCCAUGACACGUACGGCCAAGCCCUAGCCAACAUCCUCAUUGCACUGCAGAACGGUGUGUCGGUGGUGGAUGCAUCGGUGUCUGGUCUAGGGGGUUGCCCCUAUGCCCCUGGAGCGGCUGGUAAUGUUGCCACAGAGGAUGUUGUGUACAUGCUGAAUGGCCUUGGCAUUCACACAGGAGUUAAUUUGGACAAGCUUCUGGACGCAGGGCAAUACAUCUCUGAAUUCCUAGGGAGAAAACCGGCCUCGAAAGUUCUUCAAGCCAAACUCGGCAGCAAACUGUGACUUGUGUUUAUAAUACAUACAUACACAGUACAUGGUAAUGAUACUUACAGAUACAGCUCUGUACGUUGAAAUUGUUUACUGAGUGGAAACAGUACUGUACUACACUUCGUAGAGGUUCAUUGAAAGGUUAACCGCUACUACAACUCGAAAGGGGCUGUUUUGUAUGUGUUGAAACUGGCCGGCCCUAGCCACCUGUAUGCUGAGUGUGUGAUCCCCAGUUCUCUGUGGUUUUAGCGUCACCAGACACUUUCCGUUUCGGAGUUUCGUGACCUUUGCUCGUACAAUCUCGUCAGCAGGCCGACCCACAGGCUGAAGCUCUACAAGCACCAUAUCAUCGUCUGCAGCUGCUUCGUUUCUCAAAACGUCGCGAGCAGUGACGGUGAAUUCGACUUCCUUAUAGCGUGCGAAAUCAACGUUGUGGAUUUCGUCGGCGGUGAAAAUUUCGAUGCAAGGCUCGGCCGAUACGUUUCCCAUCACCCCAGCCAUGUUCUGUUCCUCGUGAACAAGAUUAACCACCCUCCUGUAGGCACAUUGUGGUGGGUCCUCCCUCGACUCCCAGAGAAGACGAGAUACUUGCUGGUUCAUCUCCUUGCUGAAGUGGACUAUGUCUUCGUGACUACCGAGAUUGAGACGACGAUCGACAAAGUUGAUGGUACGCUGGAUUGCCGCUCUUUUGCUGCCGAGUGCUUUUCUCUGCUGGCGAAGAGUGUUAAGAUGAUGCUGGCGGAUGUUUUCUAUGCGCCGCAGUAAGAAUUCCUUUCCUUGGUCGAGCUCUGACUUCAACCUCAUGAAGUCAAUUUUUUUAAUAUUCGUUUCGGUGUUCAAUUUGGCGUCUUCGAUGUGGAAUUUUCUCCCUUGGAGCUUCGCGGAGCUCAUAUCGAGCUGUUCGUGCAUGACUCGUUCGGUUUCCUUGAUCUUUGCUACGAUUAGUGGACGGUGGUCAGGAUCAUUUAUGAUAAUACUUGCCACCUUCUUGGGGUUGUGUGGUUGGUGCUCAGUAAUGGCACACAUGCAACAGAUAACCUUCCUGCACUGGAAGCAGUAGAUGUUAAUGUCAGUCAUUCGCUCGUUCGGGUCGUCACGUCCUUCCACGAAAUGCUCGCUACACUUUCUGGUUCUGUAACUCUGCAGCACUGGUGAAUUUUCUCCAUUCGAGCGAACGUCUUCCAGGCUCACAAUUUUGUGACCCGACGAAAGGGUCAUCCUCCUGUGUGAUUCCAAGCAUGGCUGGCACAAGAAUCGGUUGCAUCUGGUUUGGCAGAACGCCACGGCCUCGUUAUCCGCCGCUGAGCAAAAACCGCACCUAGACCUACGGGCCGCAACCACCUCCUGGGCGAUUUUAUAGUGCCUCACCAGGUUCUUCAGACAGGCGUUGGUCUUGAGGCUUGCUACGACGCUGCCCGCCUCGCCUUCCCCGCCGACGGGGUCCAGUUGCGCCCGAAUCUUGCACUUGGGACACGGGACGAUGUCGCGAACGUCCAGCGGCGCCCCCUCUUCUACCUCGUCGUUCAGUGGUCGGAGACGGACGUAUUUUUCGAGGCAUUCCUGGCAGAACGAGUGAAGGCACGGAAGCGACUUGGGUUCUUUUAGUAUCUCCUGGCAAAUAGGACAAGUCAGCUCCUCUUUGAAUUUCCCCAGGACAACGGCGAUGUUAGACGGUGCCGCCAUUCACAUGCCGUUUGCAUACGC